AACCGGGGAGGGGGGAAGGAGGAGGAGGCGGAGCGCGAGCGCGUGCUACGGGCAGGCAGGCCGGCGGCGCGCGCCGAGCGGCAGGAGCGGCGGAGCUCGCGGGGGAAGCGGCGGCAGCUGCUCCGGCUCGCGCUUUCCCUCCGCCAACCGGCAGCUCGCGCGCCCGGGUUCGUAGAUGGGGCUGAGCGGCGGCCGCUGAGGAGGGGAACAAGGAGAGGGAGCCGGUACCAGCCGCAGCCAUGCAGCAGGUCCUGGAUAACCUUACUGAUCUGCCUACAUCUACAGGCGCUGAAGAAAUAGACCUGAUUUUUCUUAAAGGAAUAAUGGAAAACCCUAUUGUAAGAUCACUUGCUAAGGCUCAUGAGCGACUGGAAGAUUCCAAACUUGAGGCUGUCAGUGACAAUAACCUGGAGCUGGUGAAUGAAAUUCUUGAAGACAUCAGUCCCUUAAUAAAUAAAGACGAAAAUAUUGCAGAAUUGGUUGGAAUACUGAAGGAGCCUCAUUUUCAGUCACUCUUGGAGGCACAUGAUAUUGUGGCUUCAAAAUGCUACGAUUCCCCUCCUUCUAGCCCAGAAGUCAAUAAUUCUUCAGUGAACAACCAAGUUAUUCCAGUAGAUGCUAUUCGUAUCCUUGGAAUUCACAAAAGAGCAGGAGAACCACUGGGUGUUACAUUUAGAGUUGAGAACAAUGACCUGGUAAUAGCACGAAUUCUUCAUGGUGGAAUGAUAGAUCGGCAAGGUCUGCUGCAUGUAGGUGACAUUAUCAAAGAGGUGAAUGGCCAUGAGGUUGGAAAUAACCCAAAAGAAUUGCAGGAACUGCUGAAAAAUAUUAGUGGCAGUGUCACUCUGAAGAUUCUUCCCAGCUACAGAGACACUGUUAUUCCUCAACAGGUUUUUGUGAAGUGUCAUUUUGAUUAUAAUCCAUACAAUGAUAACCUCAUCCCAUGCAAAGAAGCAGGUUUGAAAUUUUCUAAAGGAGAAAUUCUUCAGAUUGUAAACCGGGAAGAUCCAAACUGGUGGCAGGCUAGUCAUGUCAAAGAAGGAGGAAGUGCAGGGCUUAUUCCUAGCCAGUUCCUGGAAGAGAAGAGGAAGGCCUUUGUUAGGAGGGAUUGGGACAACUCAGGGCCCUUCUGUGGAACAAUAAGCAGCAAAAAAAAGAAGAAGAUGAUGUAUCUCACUACAAGAAAUGCAGAAUUUGAUCGUCAUGAAAUCCAGAUCUAUGAGGAAGUAGCCAAAAUGCCUCCUUUUCAGAGGAAAACACUGGUCUUAAUUGGGGCCCAAGGAGUGGGGCGAAGAAGUUUGAAGAACAGGUUUAUAGUACUGAAUCCCACUAGGUUUGGAACUACAGUGCCAUUUACUUCCCGAAAGCCAAGGGAUGAUGAAAAGGAUGGACAAGCAUACAGAUUUGUGUCACGAGCUGAAAUGGAAAUGGAUAUUAAAGCUGGCAGAUACCUAGAACAUGGAGAAUAUGAAGGAAAUCUUUAUGGAACCAAAAUUGAUUCCAUCCUUGAAGUUGUUCAGACAGGAAGGACCUGCAUCUUGGAUGUGAAUCCACAGGCCCUGAAAAUACUGAGGACUUCAGAAUUCAUGCCCUAUGUGGUGUUUAUUGCUGCUCCAGAGCUGGAGACUUUGCGUGCGAUGCACAAGGCUGUGGUAGAUGCUGGAAUUACAACCAAACUUCUCACUGACACUGAUUUGAAAAAAACAGUGGAUGAAAGUGCACGGAUCCAACGAGCAUACAACCACUAUUUUGAUCUGACCAUUGUAAAUGACAACCUGGACAAAGCCUUUGAGAAGCUACAGACAGCUAUUGAGAGACUGAGGCUGGAGCCACAGUGGGUCCCAAUUAGUUGGGUAUAUUGAGAAUUUCCAAGAGGAGCUUAAGUAACAAAUCACAUCACUGCAGCAAACACGCUAUUACAAUGUUGUGUAGAUACCAACAAUAACCUAUGGCACCUGUGCAUUUUUACUCUGUGUAUAUUCGAAAGUACACUGUUCUGAAUUUUUAUAAAAAUGUUGAAGUGAAAGUGUACUUAAAUAUGUAAUUUAUUUUAAUUUUUCUAACUUUUUACAGAUAACCUUUCUAUUCAUAUCACACGAAGGAAAUGCGUUUAAGCAUUUUUAUAUGUUUUGAUUUAGUACCUUUGCCUUUUUCAUCUAAGAAACCUUUGAUCAUUCACUUCAACAUUUACAUCUUAGUCUUACAUUUUCACUGUGAUUUGAAAAAAGGAUACUUGAAACAACUUUUGUAAAACCUGUUAACGUCAGUAUUUAACUGGUCAAACAUCUAUAGCUCUUAUGAGGAAAGAACGCUAAUUUCAUGGGUUUGUUUUUUUUUUUUCUUCCUUAAAGAAAUAACUAUUUCAUGGGAGCAGAAUAUUAAAUAUUUAAAGCAGCAACCAAGACACAGCUCUAUUGCUCCAGUGUCUUUUGGCUUAAUGUUGGUGCAUUCUGGAUGUUUCAUAAAUUCCUGAUGUCUCUUGAUUUAGACAGCUGUGGUGUGGGUUCCCUUACAUGUGUCUCUUGAAUACUUUGCAAGCUGUUUCUUAGGCUGUUCUUGGGAGCCAACCUGUUAACCCAUUAUUGUUGAAGUUCUGACAUUGGAAAGCUUUUACAUGGGGUAAUUCAGUGCAAUUUGAAUAAUGGUGAAGUAGAGAGGGAACCUGAUAAUGGGGUGGAACCUUGUAGAGUGACGCUUAAAGUUUAGGAUUAUUUAUUCACACUUGUGAAAACACAUUGCUUAAAAAAAAAAAAAAAAAGGCACGUUUUCCUUUCUUAGGACAUUGUUUUAUAUUUGUAUAGUGAUCUGUGGCUUAAUUUCCUGUGAGAUCUAGCUGGGUUCUAUAUUAUCUUUUUGAAUAUUUGUAUGUGAUCAACUGCUGUAUUUUUAAGAGUCUGAUGCAAUGGAAUUUCUGAGCUUUUUGUUUGCAUUUUUCAAUAGGUAGCUUGUGAACUCAAAGCUUACUGCUAAAAAGCAAUGUUGUUUAUACCUUUUGCUUUGCAGCAUAUUUAUUUACUUUCUUUUAGUGACAGUUUUCCCCUUUGUAGGUUCAUUGAUAGAAUUCAUGUUAGAAUCAUAUAAUUGAACACCAGGUUGGAAGGGACCUCAGGGAUCAUCUGGCCCAACCUUUAGAGGCUAAACCUUUUAGGUUCAUCGAUCAAAACAUAUUAAUGUAAAUUUCUGCUUAAUAAGAACAAAGCUUAGCUUGUGGCUUGUGAUCCUAUUUUAUAUUACAGUGUCAGCUGUUGUAUAUAGCAACAUUCACCAUCACUCACCAGGCUGGGUGUCUAAACUGAAGUCAUCUAUUUGUUUAAUUGCUCUUCCAUUUGACAGGCACCUGACUUCUUAAUUGUUUUUCAUCACCAAAGUGUGACACGGAAUGCUAUCAUAAGGCAACUUCCUCAGAACUGUUUCUGAAAGAAAAGAGGCUUAGACACUGUAAAAGAGUAUUUUUUCCUGGGGCUUUAAAGACUUCUAUGUGCACAAGGAAAAAAAGAAUGGAGUAUAGGAAAAAUGUAAGUCUCAAAAAAACCUUAAUCACCAGUAUAAUACAGAUGAUUUUAAAAAGCCUAUAAAGUUGGUUGUUGGGGGGAAUAGGAGCAGGGGAGGCUUAAGAUCCCAGUGUAUGUGGAAAAAGUCUAAACUGUGACUAACACAAGUAAUCUUUGUGGCUCUUAAGACUGAUAUUUCAGUCUUGAAAGGAGCCUGAAAUUCUCUGAGGAAAGUUUGUACCACUACUUUGUUUCAUUGUUAAACUGUUCUGCUUUAAGUUAGUCAGGGUUUUUAACACUGGCACCAGCAUGAGGCUUCUGUUUUCCUUACCCAGGAGACAUGUUCUGAGAUUCUAUUGCUCAGAGGCUGCUUUGAGAAAUGGAUUGAGUGUUUUAUGUAGGAGCAAUCAUAGCAGAGCCUUCUAAUGAUUUACUAUUGGCAUUCUAUGCUGAAGGUGACUAAACUGUGUUUGUAUGCUGUGUAAUAGGAGACCUACACAAGCUGUAAAUAAGAUGUGCUAUCUGAUGCCUUUUCACUGAGUUAGAAAAGACUCUAUUUGUGAUGCCAAAAGUGGGCUGAGCUCACUCUUCCUCAAUGAAUGGAAUGAGAAGAUUCUUCAGUUUCCACACCAUCCUACUUCAUAUUGCAAUUACAUUUAUUUUUUUUUCCCCUGUAAAUGUACUUAACCAAAUGAAACACAUGAAACACAGGCACCAAGGUUCAGCUAGGAAAACCUUUAUGCUCCUCCUAUUCCAUCCCAGAGAAAAUCCUGUGAUAAGAGCCUCCCUUGCAAGCAGUCUCCACAUAGCCAUGCCUUUCAGCACACAGUGUUUUUAAAUCAGGCAGUUAGCAUAAGGGAGCCCAGGGGCUGACCUUUUGGUGGUGUUUAUGUAGUGAGAAGGACAAUUUUGAAGCAAUAGGAGAUGGCUUGCUCAGGUUGCAUGCAAAGAGCAUAUUAAAGUGUCUGUGGGUUUUAACUGGAUGUCCACAUGCAGGUUGUAAGGGAAAAAGCAACCCAAAACACGACACACCUUGCAUAGAUGAAUUAAAUCUUGAAAACAGAGUUCAGGUUGGCAGGUAUAUAAUGUUGGAGUGGGGAGAAGGGGUUGGGUUGGUUUAGUGGUGGUGGGUUUCGUUUUGCGUUUUAGCAAAAUCUGAUUUUCAUCAGAUAUUCUGCUUAGCUUGUCACUUCCUGUUAGGAUGACUAAUAUGAGUGUUACUUUUUUCAAAAGAAACAAAGAACAUUCUAGGAAGUUGUUAGGAUGGUGGUGCCAUUUUGGUCAUAUACACAGUGGUGACAACCCUGACCUGUUUGGCCAUGUUACAUCAGUUCUGAGAGACCUGUACGUUGUGCAAUUAGGGGAGAAAGAGACAAUGAAAGGCUGGCUUUGAGCAAGGGGAAAUCAUUUGAGUAUUUAGGGGGAGGGACGGUUAAAAUAACUAAAAUUUAAUGUGUUUCAUUCAUUUUCCAGAUACUAACAGGAAAACUUUACAUUGACUGUUAAUGAUAAUAGGUGUGUCUGAGCGAGGUGAAGAUGCUGCUAAAUGUUUAAGAAAUGUGGUAUGUAUCACAAGAUAAAUAUUUAAGUAGUUUAGAAAAGUAAAUUAUCAAAUAGUUGUCUGUGUAUAUGUAUGUAUGUAUGUGGGUGGUAAAACAAAAAAAUGCUCAUGUCUGCUAUUACAUUACAAAGCUACCAUGACUUAGUCCAGAAAUGUACCUGCAUGUGAGACUUUAGAACUGGUACACUUCUCUACCUGGUUUAUUGUGUUUACUAAUGUAUAUUUUUCUAAAUAUACAGAUAUUUCAAUCUAAAAAUUCUAUAUUUAUCUGUAAUUUCUAUCUGGUUUGGACAGUGCAUGAGGUGCUGUAAAAUUCUGUACAUAGAGACUUAUAGAAGAAACGCUGUAGUUGCCCUGUGAAUGAAAAGUAAUACGUAAAAGUACAGUCAGUAUGCCAAGACCCGUAAGUUAUUUACUUAAAUGCAUCAAAAAUUCCUUUAAGUGUGCACCAGACUCAACGUUAAUGUAAAUACUUUGGUGCAUGUGUACCCAAGUGAUUACCUUGCUGUCUCUAGAUGCUACACUAGCAGGUCUACUUUAGGUUCUACAUCAUGUGGCAAGAGGCAGUCAUUUAAAAUUUAAGAGGAUAAUUGUAAUGAGAUAUGUCAUCAUGCAUAGAUCUAUAAAGUUCUUUCAACAUGUUCUGCCAAAAUAAAAUGCUGGCAAAAUUGGAGCAGAAUGACAAGACUGUGCUAGCUGAGGGAAAUGGAAUUUAUAACCAAGGCAGUAUCUGCAACCCGGGCUGUGUUCUGAGAUCAGCUCUGUGUGCUCAGCCAUGCAAAGCUUUUGUGGAGCAGGGUGGCAGAUCAGCUCAUCACUUCUGAAUUGGUGUUUAUAUAAUCUGUCACAUCUUGGAUAGGCUCAAAAUGUGACACGUUUUUUUUUUCCCCAGUCCUCUGUACAAUUUUAACCCAUUGCAGCUCCUUCGGUUCACAUGGAAAUGACUUGCAGUACAAACUGCCUGCAGCUCAGUGUUUAAAGUCACUUGUUCUUUGUUUUGAAGGGAAAGAUUCAGAAAUAGGAAACUAGGGAGAAAUAGGGAACUUUUUUUUUUCUUUUAAGCACAGAAAAUUCCUGGCUAGGUCUGCUUUGGUUUCCUAUCCAGUUUUCGUGGCUACUGCUGUUUUCUCCAGACUGAAUUUUGACGCUGAUGCUGUUUCUUUCUACACUGAUUGUGCCUACUGCAGUAGAUGGAUUCCCCAACACUCACUGAGCCUGUAGGUACAGCUGUAAAACAAACUACAGGUGGAAGUCUGCUGCAUCUGCCAUGCAACUGUUUGUGGCCCCUUUGCUUCACGUAGGGCUUCCUCCCUCACCCACAUUCUGAAGAGCUGAAGUACUGCAGUGUUAUUGCCAAACUUCUGGUACUGCUUUUGUGAAAGUGGUGAGAAAGCAGUUUACUGAUGUCUGGGUAGUGGUUAUUGGAUAGAAAGAGUUGUAGUCUGCAGGCCUCUUGCCUUAAAUACCCCUCUGGCUGUCAGUCCCUGCAUCUCCCGAGCCAUUAAAAGGAUUUCCAUAGUUAAGGUAUUUUAAAUUGCUUUCCGUGAUGGGCUGUCACUACUGAAGGUGGUAAAGUCCAAUUGUUUUUUUCAUUCCUUUUUUUUUGUUUGUUUUUUUUGCCUACCCUUGGUUUUUGUGGUUUUUUUACAAGCCUACUGAUAGGAAUUAUCUGGGAUUCUCAGCUUGUGUCGUGUAGAGGAACAGGUUGUCAAUGUAAACAUCGGUAUUUAAAUUGGUAGAACUUACCUGUUACCAGUCCCAAGACCAGGAAGAUGCUGGGGGCAGGGAGGAAGUGAAAACACUUGUAAAAUAACCAAUUUUCAAAGGCAGCUUUGGCUUCCAAACAUAUGUACAGUGUGCUCAUGUGCACACACAUAUAAAUACAUAAAAGUACUCUAAGUAAUUCAGAUGGCAUCUGGUAAUUUACCUGAAGGCUUCACAGUGGGACAUUAUGCCACAAACUUCCACGUGUUGUACUGCUGCAUUCUCAGUUAAGUUGCUGGCUCUGCAGCUUUAAUUUACCUGUAGAUUUAUAACAAGCUCCAGCUUGGUGAAGGCUGUUAAGCAGUUUCACCUCCAAAUAACUGUUCAGGUUUUCUUUUUUUAAAGCAAAGUUUCAGCAUUAUUUGUAUUUUAUAGAAUAAAUUACACUUAAUGUAAAUGUGAACUUGGUUCUUAGUAUUUGUAACUCUUCCUCGUGCUACUUGGGUACGGAGAUCCUUCUGCUGCCAAGGCAGUGUGGUUGGAUGUGGGAUACUUAAUGACCAGCCUGCCAGGCUAAUGUAAUUAAAUGGUCCUGGAAACACUUUAUUCCAUUUAUCCUUUUCCUUUUAAUGUCAUUAGCUCCAUGCUAAUGCUUCUCCUUGCAAGGCUGGCCCUUCUCACAGCUAAUCCAAGUAUUACUCCAUAAAUAGUCAACACUUACCUAGAAUACAAUAAAACCUCUUCCAAAAACCCCACGUAACUUCUCUGUUAUUGACCUCUGACAUGAUACAUAGUGUAGAGAAAAGUGAACACUGCUUCUUUCUACAGUUCUGGGGAGGGCUGGUGGGGAAAUUCUGGGCUGCAAACAUUUUUUUAGGUUUUUUUUCCUUGGUUUAGAUUUUGUACACUAUUAGAUACGGAGACGAUAACAUUGAAAUGUAUUUUUCCUUCUUUAAAAAUGCAUGCUGCACAUUCCUUCCCCCUCAUCAUGCAUUAUUUUGCCUGUGUGAAACACUUGCGUACUGUGGUGUGAGGAGGGGAAUCACUUCCUUAGGUUUUAAAAUACAAUCAAUUUUGCGACUUUCCCACUCCAGACUGGGCUAAGAACUGUAAAAUCUUGGUGAAGUGUUCGGAUAUCAAUGUGUAUUGGAAGUCUCUCACCGUGCAUUUCUUACCUUGCUUGUUCUCACAAAUGCUUUUGCCUGUUGGAAGCUCUUGUGGGACUUUUGUUUUUCUUUUUUUAUUCUACAGCAUAUUAAAUUAAACUGGAUUUGACAUUUGUAAAACUUUAAAAACUGCUCUCCUGUAAAAACACUUUCUUUAGCUGAAAACAUCCUACAAAAAAUCUUAACUAUUAGCUAAACUUUCUAAUGUAAACAUGAAGAUGAUUUAGUACCUAGGUGUUGUUUGAAUACAAUCCUGUAGAGCAGGCCUAGGAGAUGGGACUUGUUAGCAUUUUGAUUUCAUAUUGAUAAAAGUCAGCUAAUACAUGGGACAUUUUUAAAUUGUGACUUGUUUUCUAAAACCCCUGUUGUCUUUUUCACAGCUAAUAUUUUCACAGUAAACACAGCCAAACAUAAAAAUGUUAAUGUAUAAAUUGUGAAAUUCUGUUAAUUCCCAACAAAAUAUUUUUGUAUAUAAUAAAGAUUUAAUAUUGAAAAAACAAA